AUGGAUUUUAAUCGAAAGCAGGAUGAAGAUAUUAAACGCCGUCGACUGGAACGCUUGAAGAAGACGUUACUGCUGUCGCCGUUGGCGGUGUCAUCAUACUUGAAGAUAACCGGUCACACGUCCAGCGAGCUGCCGUCUCGGAAGAAGUCGGCGACGUCGAAGGACAGUACGGUGACGUCCCACCAGUUUCCACUUCCGGUCAGGGGCAUUCCAUAUUAUGCUUGA